GAAAAUAGUUAAAGCCGCAUCACCAGCGUUGACCAAAGAGAAAAAGAAGAAAAAAUCGCACCAGACCAUUACCGUUCCGGUCAAUCGAACUCGGGAUUAGGGUUUAACCCAUUCGUACCCAAUUCGCCACCGCGUUAGCCAAUGUUGACAGCUCUCCGAUCUCGUUGUUCGUCUCUUCUUCUAGAUCAAUCGUGGAAGCUAGGUUUAACAACUCCCAAUCGCAUCUUCGCUUCCUCUCCCUCUUUUUCUUCAAUCUCUGAUGUCUCAGACGUUCUUACACUUCCCGAAGUUGAGAAGAUACUCGCCGACGUUAAAGCUGAUAACGUGACUGUGAUUCCUACACAUAAUCACUGUUUCUGGGCUGAUUUCACGGUCAUCGCCACCGGAAGAUCCGAUUGGCACUUAAGAAACAUCGCUCAAGCAUUAGUCUAUAGGGCCAAGCAAAAGCAGAAAGGAGCUAAACAUGUAAUGCUACCUUCUGUGCAAGGGUACAAUAGCAAGUGGAUUGUCAUUGACUACGGAAAGUUUGUAGUCCAUGCACUUGAUGAGAAAGCCAGGGGUUAUUUCAAUUUGGAAAGUCUUUGGUCUGCUGAAUCAUCUGCUACUGAUACUUCAGAUCAGGAUCUCCAAAACGCUUUUGUAAAGGUCCGACCGAAGAACAAUUCGAAAAGGAAACCGGCUAAAGUGAGUUCUUGAUCAUGUACGAUGAACAUACAAUUUGUCAUAAACUUCUCGAGUCUCUCGGGUAUAAAUCCUAGACCGGUUAAGAAUAGGAUUUUAAAGCCAUUAAUGUAUUUGUUUCCUUUAAUUUUUAACU